CCCGCCUCGCCCCGAGCGCUCGCUUUCUCCACCAACCCUGGCCGCCGGCGGCGAGCUCGAGGAGGGCUCGAGCUGCUUUCACCUAUCGGAGGCGGAGGAGCGCGUGGCAGCGAGGGCGGCGGGGUGGGGGUGGGGAGAUGGAGCCCAUGAGCAUCUCUGCAUCUGCGACCUCCCACUGCUGCUGCUGCUGUUGGUGCUAGUUUGAAACCAAGGUCCUCCUCCUGUAGCGACGAGGAGGGAGGCGGCUCCUGGGGUCGAAUCGUGGGGAUUCUUGCCUGCUCGGCUCGAUCCGACAAUGGACGCGGCUGCCGGAGGAGCGGCGCCGCGGCCGGCGGCCGGAAUCCGCGUCCGCGUGCCACUGGUAGAGUCUGUCUCUUGUUACUGUAGGGUAGAUGGAGGUCUUAAAACUGUUGUGAGUGCUAGAAAAUUUGUCCCUGGUGCAAAGCUGUGCAUGCAACCUGACAUCAAACCAAACAAGCGCAAGUCUAGGAGCUCACGCAAAGAGAGGUGCCGGACUCAGGCACCACUUCUACCUGGCCUUCCUGAUGACCUAGCUAUUAACUGUCUCAUGCGAGUUCCUCGAGUUGAACACCCAAAUCUCCGGUUGGUCUGUAAACGGUGGAACCGACUUUUAUCUGGAAACUAUUAUUACUCCUUGCGUAAGAAACUUGGCAUGGCAGAAGAAUGGGUUUUUGUCUUCAAAAGGGAUCGUGAUCGGAAGAUUUCUUGGCAUGCCUUUGACCCAGUUCAUCAGGUGUGGAAGUCACUCCCUCCAGUUCCACCAGAGUAUUCAGAGGCCGUGGGCUUUGGUUGUGCUGUUCUAAGUGGCUGCUAUCUGUACCUGUUUGGUGGCAAAGAUCCAGUCCGAGGGUCUAUGAGGCGUGUUGUAUUUUACAAUGCUCGAAUAAACAAAUGGCUCCGAGCCCCAGAUAUGCUAGAAAAGCGUCACUGCUUUGGUUCCUGUGUUAUAAACAACCGCCUCUAUGUUGCCGGUGGGGAGUGUGAAGGGAUACAGAGAACUCUAAGAUCUGCUGAAUUUUAUGACCCAAACAGGAAUAGAUGGUCAAAAAUUAGUGAAAUGAGCACGGGAAUGGUACCUUUUAUUGGAGUUGUAUAUGAUGGCAAAUGGUUCCUGAAAGGGCUUGAUUCUCAUCGUCAGGUUGUGAGUGAGGUCUAUAUGCCAACAUCCAACGUGUGGUCAAUCUCUGCUGAUGAAAUGGUUGCGGGCUGGCGGAAUCCAAGCAUUUCCUUUAAUGGACGUCUUUAUUCAGCGGAUUGCCGGGAUGGAUGCAAGCUGAGAGUCUAUGAUGGAGAUACACGAUCUUGGACCAGAUUCAUCGACAGUAGGCGCCAUCUGGGCAGCUCACGAGCUUUUGAAGCUGCAGCUUUGGUCUCACUAAAUGGAAAGAUUUGCAUUAUCCGCAACAAUAUGAGCAUCACUCUUGUCGAUGUCUCAAACACACCAACAGUUAUUGAGAUUAACAGUGCCCACAUGUGGGAUAUUUUUGCUCGGAAGGGCCAGCACAGGUCUUUCAUUGCAAACUUGUGGCUAACCAUUUCAGGUCGUCAUUUCAAGACUCACAUUAUCCAUUGCCAAGUGCUCCAAGUUUGAGCAUGGCUGCACAUGAAGUGGGAACAUACUCAAAUUUUGAAAGGACCCAUCAAUCAGAAGCUGAAAUGGGUGCCAGUACUCCAGCAAAAAGAUGGUUUUUGCCUAAAUAUGAACACUUACUGAUCUCAUUCCUACUCACAUUCUCUGGUACUGGAAAAGUCACAUGCUGGUUGCUGGAUGGAAGAGGAAGCGGGAGCUUUGGCUGUCUAUGAAAUCAAGGCGAAACUCUGGAGGGUAAGAGGAUGAGAACUAUUCCAUAGCAUCGGUGGUUUGUCCAGUGGUAUUCAUAAUUUCAGUGUGCUGAUGCUUGCUGAUUUGGAUGAGCUGAUAGCCUGAUACUGCUGAUGGUAGGCAGAUAUGCAGCAAUGGUUUCAUUGAGGGCUGUCAUUGUUAUACAUUUUUCGGAUAGGAAGGUGGUCCACCUUUCAUCCUAAUCACCAUGUCUAUCUCUCUUUCGGCUCACUAGGCAUGUGAAAACUAUGUUGUAUGGUUGUAUCAGCCGACUAGAGUUAACAAACGAAUAAAUGAUUUGCUUAAUUGUCGAUGUUUUGAAAUCUUUGCCUGUUAUGUAGCAGAGAAAGUUUUGAAAUCUGAUUGGUGGAUUUAUGGAUGUCAUGUCUGAAAAAGACAACCUGUGCAUUUAUGAAAAUAUUCCCGCUUGAACUCUUGCU